AAAGCUGAAAUAUGCCACCUAAAGCAAAAAGGAGUUAGUCAAAUUAGACUAGCUGAACAGUUUGGUGUAGCCAAAGCUACAAUCUCAGAUAUUGUUCAUAAAAAAGAAAAGUGGUUAGCACUUGAUUUAAACUUGAACAAUGUCUAUUCAAAGCGACAAAGGGCUGGAAAAUAUCCUUUGGUAGAAGAAGCACUUGUGCUUUGGAUAUCAAGAGCAAAUACUGCAUUGCAAACAAUUAUAGGUGCAAUAGUUAAACGUAAAGCAACACAACUCGCGAAAGGGCUUGAA